CCUGAAGUUUUAUUUUUACACUUUACCUCUCUGGUUGUGCACGUCUUGUUCCGCUGUUAUUAUAAGUCCUACGAGUCGCGGCGUCGUCGUCGUCGUCGUCGUCACCACCUGGUCAUAUAUAGAGAGUAUAUAGACAAGAGAAUAGAAAACCACAUCGUCUACUCCGAGUCGGGCAACAAAUAAUGCCCCUUAGCCGCAUAACACUGUUGAUUUCAGAUGUUUGUUUGUUAUUGUAAUUGUUAAUUAACUGUGAACCAAUUGAUUAUGGAUUUGAAUAAUACACAAUCUAAUAUCCCCGAACUCAAUCUUAGUGAUAUCGUUGAUGCCAUUGAAGACGCAAGAACUAAAACUGUGCAACAAAUGGACGCUCCAUCAUCAAAUAAUGGGCGAAGACCUACAACUUUACCAUAUAUCAAAAUCGUCGAACAGCCUGCUUCAAAAGCAUUGAGGUUUAGAUAUAAGUGUGAAGGUAGAUUAGCCGGGAGUAUACCUGGAGUUAAUAGUAGCACUGAAAAUAAAACCUACCCUACAAUUCAAAUAGUAGGUUAUAAAGGCAGGGCUGUUGUUGUAGUAUCUUGUGUUACAAAAGAUAGACCAUAUAGACCUCAUCCUCAUAACCUUGUGGGACGUGAUAACUGCAAAAACGGAAUUUGUAGCAUAGAAAUUAAUAAUGAAUCAAUGACAGAAAGUUUUCAGAAUUUGGGAAUACAAUGUGUAAAAAGAAAAGAUAUUGACAAGGCUCUCAGAGUACGAGAAGAAAGAAAAUUAGAUCCAUUUAAAACUGGAUUUUCACAUAAAGAGAACCCAACUUCAAUAGACUUAAAUGCAGUAAGGUUGUGUUUUCAAGCUUAUCUUGGCGGCACACAAAAAAGAAAAUAUUGUAUUCUUGAACCAAUUGUAUCAGAUCCAAUUUAUGAUAAAAAAGCAAUGUCGGACUUAUCGAUAUGCAGAUUAAGUGAUGCAGCAGCUUCAAUUGUAGGUGAUAAAGAAAUCAUAUUAUUAUGUGAUAAAAUAACAAAAGAUGAUAUCCAAGUAAGAUUUUUUGAGGAAAAAGAUGGUAAGUGCAUUUGGGAAGACUAUGGUGUUUUUAAAGCUUCAGAUGUACAUAAACAAGUGGCUAUUUGGUUUAAGACUCCAAAAUAUAAAAUAACAGAGAUUGAUAGUCCAGUAAAUGUAUGGAUUCAGUUAAAAAGACCUUCGGAUGGCAUGUGUAGUGACGCUCUUCCAUUUACGUUCACUCCGGAUAAUUCAGAUCCGGUCAUGUUGAAAAGAAAAAGACUGAAAUUACCUAGCGAAAGUGAACUUUUGAUUCAAUUAUCGAGGAACCCUAUUAGAAUUAAAACUAGUGGAUGCAAUAUUACAAAAGUGUGUCCUACGGUUAAUAGUCAUGAUCCAACAUCUCAAAAAAAUUAUGCUCUGCCAACUACCAUAACUACAACACCUUUGCCGUGCCCAACAGAAGAUAAUAAUGAGUCUAAUCUUAUGGAAGCUACAUUCCCAAGUUUAUAUUCUAGUGACUUAAGAACCUUGUUGGGAGACAGUGAACAUGUGUUGUCAACCAAUUUGUCUGCUAGUCUACAUUUAACAGAAAAUAGUGCUCAUGGAGAGUCCAUUCCAGAAAUAGUAGUCGAAGACAAUAUAAAUAUGUCGGACAGUUAUGAUAAAAUUGCUGACAACGUUCUUAAGGAAUUCUAUAAUAGUGACUUAAGAACCUGGUCAGGAGAUAGUAACCAUGCUUUGUCAACCAAUUUGUCUGCUACUCAACAUUUAACAGAAAAACAUUUUGUGAAGAGUAGAAAUAAUGUCAAGACAAUAUGAAUAUGUGGGACAGUUUAGAAAGAAUGGCUUGCAACGCUCAUGAUGAAUCAUUUAAGAUUUGAAAACGUAAUUAAUUAUUGAGUUAAAAUAUCUUAUUUAUGAUAUUGUUAGGUAAAAUAAAUUAUAUAUAAUAUACACUGUUUUUCUUUUUACAAUAUUUCUAUACAAAUUGUAUCUAUUUGACAUUAAAGAAUGGACUUUUGUUGAAAAUUAUA